UCCCGACCGCGCGGGGCGCCCCGAGCCUGGGCCAGCCCCCUGCCAUCCCGCCGCCGCCCCGGCCGCCGUUCCGGCCAGGUGCAAAAUGCCUUGUCAUUGGGACGGUCCGCGGCCGGAGCAUUGAAUUACAGCUCAGCCGAGCCCGGAUAGGGCGGCGGGGGUGGAAGAUGAGCAGAAGCCCCUGUGCCCCGAGCGCCCGCCGACCAGCGGGAUAAGCGCGGCCGGGGCCGGGGAGGAGGCAGCCCGCUUCGCUUCCAGAACACAAGAUCCGAGCCGCAGCCGCGAUCCCAAGCGGCCUCCCUCCUCCAGCCGCUCCGGGAGGAGCCCCGAGCCCCGCGAACGGCGAUCCUCCCCGACCUUCCCCAGCCCUCUCCGCGCCCUGGGCCCCCGGGGCCCUCACUCGUGCCAGUCAUGCUGAGGGUCUUCAUCCUCUACGCCGAGAAUGUCCACACCCCGGACGCGGACAUCAGCGAUGCCUACUGCUCCGCGGUGUUUGCAGGAGUGAAGAAGAGAACCAAAGUCAUCAAGAACAGCGUGAACCCCGUGUGGAAUGAGGGCUUUGAGUGGGACCUCAAGGGCAUCCCCUUGGACCAGAGCUCCGAGCUUCAUGUGGUGGUCAAAGACCAUGAGACAAUGGGGAGGAACAGGUUCUUAGGGGAAGCCCAAGUCCCACUCCAGGAGGUCCUCGCCACUCCUAGUCUGUCUGCCAGCUUCAAUGCCCCCCUCCUGGACGCCAAGAAGCAGCCCACGGGGGCCUCGCUGGUCCUGCAGGUGUCCUACACUCCACUCCCUGGAGCCGUGCCCCUGUUCCCACCUGCUGCAUCUCUGGAACCCUCCCCGACUCUGCCUGACAUGGAUAUGGGGGCCGGUGGGGGACAGAGCCGGGCUGAGACUUGGUCCCUGCUCAGUGACAGCACCGUGGAUACAAGAUACUCUGGAAAGAAGUGGCUGGCCCCCACGGACACAGGAGGAGAGGAGGACACUGAGGACCAGGGGCUCACUGGAGACGAGGGAGAGCCAUUACUGGAUCAGAGUGGCGUCCCAGGCCCUGGGGCUCCCACCACCCCGAGGAAGCCACCUUCCCAUCUGCCCCCCUACCACCCUGGGAGCAAGAGGAAAAGAAGUGCUCCCGCAGCCAGAAAGCUGCUGUCCGACAAACCGCAGGACUUCCAGAUCAGAGUGCAAGUGAUCGAGGGGCGCCAGCUGCCAGGGGUGAAUAUCAAGCCUGUGAUCAAGGUCACUGCUGCUGGGCAGACCAAGAGGACACGGAUCCACAAGGGAAACAGCCCACUAUUUAACGAGACUCUUUUCUUCAAUGUGUUUGACUCUCCUUCGGAGCUGUUUGAUGAGCCCAUCUUUAUCACGGUCGUAGACUCCCGUUCUCUCAGGACAGAUGCUCUCAUUGGGGAAUUCCGGAUGGAUGUGGGUACCAUCUACAGAGAGCCCCGACAUGCUUAUCUGAGGAAGUGGCUGCUACUCUCCAACCCUGAUGACUUCUCUGUUGGGGCCAGAGGUUACCUGAAAGCAAGCCUUUAUGUGCUGGGGCCCGGAGAUGAAGCGCCUCUGGAGAGAAAGGACCCCUCUGAAGACAAGGAGGACAUUGAAAACAAUCUGCUCAGGCCAACUGGCGUGGCCCUGCGAGGAGCCCACUUCUGCCUGAAGAUCUUCAGAGCGGAGGACUUACCACAAAUGGAUGAUGCCGUGAUGGACAAUGUGAAGCAGAUCUUUGGCUUUGACAGCAACAAGAAGAAUUUGGUAGAUCCCUUCAUGGAAGUCAGCUUUGCGGGGAAAAUGCUCUGCAGCAAGAUCCUGGAGAAGACAGCCAACCCUCAGUGGAACCAGAGCAUCACUCUGCCUGCCAUGUUUCCCUCCAUGUGUGAAAAAAUGAAGAUUCGCGUCAUGGACUGGGACCGCCUUACCCACAAUGACAUCGUGGCCACCACCUACCUGAGUAUGUCGAAAAUCUCUGCCCCUGGAGGAGAAAUAGAAGAGGAGCCUGCAGGUGUGGUCAAGCCUUCUCCAGCCACGGACCUGGAUGACCAUCUGGGCUUCCUUCCCACCUUCGGGCCCUGCUUCGUCAAUCUCUAUGGCAGCCCCAGGGAAUUCACUGGCUUCCCGGACCCCUACGCGGAACUCAACAUGGGCAAGGGGGAAGGCGUGGCCUACCGAGGUCGGCUUCUGCUCUCCCUGGAGACCAAGCUGGUGGAGCACAGCGGCGAGCAAAGGGUGGAGGACCUCCCUGCUGAUGACAUCCUUCGGGUGGAGAAAUACCUCCGGAGGCGCAAGUACUCUCUCUUUGCCGCCUUCUACUCGGCCACCAUGCUCCAGGAUGUCGACGAUGCCAUCCAGUUUGAGGUCAGCAUUGGGAACUAUGGCAACAAGUUCGACACGACCUGUCUGCCACUGGCCUCCACCACCCAGUACAGCCGGGCAGUCUUUGAUGGGUGCCACUACUACUACUUGCCCUGGGGCAAUGUGAAGCCUGUGGUGGUGCUGUCAUCCUACUGGGAAGACAUCAGCCACAGAGUCGAGGCUCAGAACCAGCUGCUCAGGAUCGCUGACCAUCUGGAAGCUGGCCUGGAGCAAGUCCACUUGGCUUUAAAGGCGCAGUUCAACACAGAGGAUGUGGACUCCCUGUUGGCCCAGCUGAUGGAUGAGCUCAUCUCAGACUGCAGCCAGCCUCUGGGCAAUGUCCAAGAGAUACCCUCUGCCACCCACCUGGACCGGCACCUGUACAGGCUGCGCACCCGUCACCUAGGCCAGAUUACUGAGGCGGCCCUGGCUCUGAAACUCGGGCAUGGCAAGCUCCCUGCCGCCCUGGAGCAGGCUGAAGACUGGCUCCUGCGUCUCCGUGCCCUGGCUGAUGAGCCCCAGAACAGCCUGCCCGACAUCAUCAUCUGGAUGCUGCAGGGAAACAAGCGAGUGGCGUACCAGCGGGUGCCUGCGCACGAGGUCCUCUUCUCCCGGCGGGGCGCCAGCUACUGUGGCAAGAACUGUGGGAAGCUGCAGACGAUAUUUCUGAAAUAUCCCAUGGAGGGGGUGCCCGGAGCCCGGAUGCCAGUACAAAUACGGGUGAAACUCUGGUUUGGGCUUUCUGUGGAUGAGAAGGAGUUCAACCAGUUUGCUGAGGGAAAGCUGUCCGUCUUUGCUGAAACUUAUGAGAACCAGACCAAACUGGCCCUGGUUGGGAACUGGGGCACAACAGGCCUCACCUACCCCAAGUUUUCUGAUGUCAUGGGCAAGAUCAAGCUACCCAAGGAUAGCUUCCGCCCCUCAGCUGGCUGGACCUGGGCCGGAGACUGGUUCGUGUGUCCAGAGAAGACCCUACUCCAUGACAUGGACGCGGGCCACCUGAGUUUUGUGGAGGAGGUGUUUGAGAACCAGACCCGGCUCCCUGGAGGCCAGUGGAUCUACAUGAGUGACAACUACACAGAUGUGAAUGGGGAUAAGGUGCUUCCUAAGGAUGACAUUGAGUGCCCACUGGGCUGGAAGUGGGAAGAUGAAGAGUGGUCCACGGACCUCAAUCGGGCCGUCGAUGAGCAAGGCUGGGAGUACAGUAUCACCAUCCCCCCGGAUCGGAAGCCAAAGCACUGGGUUCCUGCUGAGAAGAUGUAUUACACGCACCGUCGGCGGCGCUGGGUCCGCCUGCGCAGAAGGGACCUCAGCCAGAUGGAGGCACUGAAGAGGCACAGACAGGCAGAGGCAGAGGGUGAGGGCUGGGAGUACGCCUCGCUCUUGGGCUGGAAGUUCCACCUGGAGUACCGCAAGACUGAUGCUUUCCGCCGCCGCCGCUGGCGCCGCCGCAUGGAACCGCUGGAGAAGACGGGGCCUGCAGCCGUGUUUGCCCUUGAGGGGGCUCUGGGUGGUGUGGUAGAUGACAGGAGUGAAGAUUCCGUGUCCGUGUCCACCUUGAGCUUUGGAGUGAACAGACCCACGAUUUCCUGCAUCUUUGAUUAUGGGAACCGCUACCACCUACGCUGCUACAUGUACCAGGCUCGGGACCUGCCCUCGAUGGACAAGGACUCUUUUUCUGAUCCCUACGCCAUCGUCUCCUUCCUGCACCAGAGCCAGAAGACAGUGGUGGCGAAGAACACUCUGAACCCCACCUGGGACCAGACGCUUAUCUUCUAUGAGAUUGAGAUCUUUGGUGAGCCAGCCAGUAUCGCUGAGCAGCCGCCCAGCAUUGUGGUGGAGCUGUAUGACCACGACACCUACGGUGCAGAUGAGUUUAUGGGACGCUGCAUUUGUCAGCCCAGCCUGGAGCGGACACCCCGGCUGGCCUGGUUCCCACUGAUUAGGGGCAGCCAGUCGGCGGGGGAACUGCUGGCCUCUUUUGAGCUCAUCCAGAGAGAAAAGCCGGCCAUUCACCAUAUUCCUGGUUUUGAGGUACAGGAUAUGUCAGGAAUCCUGGAAGAGUCAGAGGACAUAGACCUGCCCUACCCGCCACCUCAGAGGGAGGCCAACAUCUUCAUGGUCCCCCAGAACAUCAAGCCUGUUCUCCAGCGUACUGCCAUAGAGAUCCUGGCGUGGGGCCUGCGGAACAUGAAGAGCUACCAGCUGGCCAGCAUCUCCUCCCCUAGCCUUGUGGUAGAGUGCGGGGGCCAGACAGUGCAGUCCUGUGUCAUCAAGAACCUCCGGAAGAACCCCAACUUCGACAUCUGUACCCUUUUCAUGGAAGUGAUGCUGCCCAAGGAGGAGGUCUACUGUCCCUCCAUCGUGAUCAAGGUCAUUGAUAACCGCCAGUUUGGCCGCCGGCCUGUGGUGGGCCAGUGUACCAUCCGUUCCCUGGAGAGCUUCAUGUGUGACCUGUACUCCGAGGAGAAUCCGUCCCCACAGGGCGGCCCAGAUGAUGUGAGUUUACUCAGUCCUGGGGAAGACGUGCUCAUUGACAUCGAUGACAAGGAGCCCCUCAUCCCCAUGCAGGAGGAAGAGUUCAUCGACUGGUGGAGCAAAUUCUUUGCCUCCACAGGGGAGAGGGAAAAGUGCGGCUCAUACUUGGAGAAGGGCUUUGACACUCUAAAGGUCUAUGACACACAACUGGAGAACGUGGAGGCCUUUGAGGGCCUGUCUGACUUUUGUAACACCUUCAAGCUCUACCGGGGCAAGACUCAGGAGGAGACAGAGGACCCAUCUGUUAUUGGGGAGUUUAAGGGCCUCUUCAAAAUCUAUCCCCUCCCAGAAGACCCGGCUGUUCCCAUGCCCCCGAGACAAUUCCACCAGCUGGCUGCCCAAGGGCCUCAGGAGUGCCUGGUCCGCAUCUAUAUCAUCCGAGCAUUUGGCCUUCAGCCCAAGGACCCCAAUGGGAAGUGUGAUCCUUACAUCAAGAUCUCCAUAGGGAAGAAAUCAGUGAGUGACCAGGAUAACUACAUUCCCUGUACUCUGGAGCCUGUGUUUGGAAAGAUGUUCGAGCUGACCUGCACUCUGCCUCUGGAGAAGGACCUGAAGAUCACACUCUAUGACUAUGACCUCCUCUCCAAAGAUGAAAAGAUUGGGGAGACAGUCAUUGACCUGGAGGAUAGGCUGCUGUCCAAGUUUGGGGCUCGCUGCGGACUCCCACAGACGUACUGCGUCUCUGGACCCAACCAGUGGAGGGACCAGCUCCGCCCCUCCCAGCUUCUCCACCUCUUCUGCCAGCAGCGCAGACUCAAGGCUCCUGUGUACCUCACGGACCACGUGGUGUUCCAGGAUAAAGAAUACAGCAUUGAAGAAAUAGGUGAGCUGUGCGUCCCGAACCCACACCUGGGCCCAGUGGAAGAGCGUCUGGCCUUGCAUGUCCUCCAGCAGCAGGGCCUGGUCCCUGAGCAUGUGGAGUCCCGGCCUCUCUACAGCCCCCUGCAGCCAGACAUUGAACAGGGGAAGCUGCAGAUGUGGAUCGACCUAUUUCCCAAGGCCCUGGGGCGUCCCGGACCUCCCUUCAACAUCACCCCGCGGAGAGCCAGAAGGUUUUUCCUGCGUUGUAUCAUCUGGAACACAAAGGACGUGAUCCUGGACGACCUCAGCAUCACAGGGGAGAAGAUGAGUGAUAUUUAUGUGAAGGGUUGGAUGGUUGGCUUUGAAGAGCACAAGCAAAAGACAGAUGUGCAUUACCGGUCCCUGGGAGGUGAAGGCAACUUUAACUGGAGGUUCAUUUUCCCCUUUGACUACCUGCCAGCCGAGCAAGUCUGCACCGUCUCUAAGAAGGAUGCUUUCUGGAGGCUGGACAAGACUGAGAGCAAAAUCCCAGCACGAGUGGUAUUUCAGAUCUGGGACAAUGACAAGUUCUCCUUUGACGACUUUCUGGGCUCCUUGCAGUUGGAUCUCAACCACAUGCCCAAGCCUGCCAAGACAGCUGAGAAGUGCUCCUUGGACCAGCUGGAUGACACUUUCCACCCGGAGUGGUUUGUGUCCCUUUUUGAACAGAAAACAGUUAAGGGCUGGUGGCCCUGCGUAGCAGAAGAGGGCGAGAAGAAGAUCCUGGCAGGCAAGCUGGAAAUGACCUUGGAGAUCGUAGCAGAGAGUGAGCAUGAGGAGCGGCCUGCUGGCCAGGGCCGGGAUGAACCCAACAUGAACCCCAAGCUCGAGGACCCAAGGCGCCCUGACACCUCCUUCCUCUGGUUCACCUCUCCAUACAAGACUAUGAAGUUCAUCCUGUGGCGGCGGUUCCGAUGUGCCAUUAUCCUCUUCAUCAUUCUCUUCAUCCUGCUACUAUUCUUAGGCAUCUUCAUCUAUGCUUUCCCGAACUACGCUGCCAUGAAGCUGGUGAAGCCCUUCAGCUGAGGACUCUGGCCCAGGCCUGGCUGCCUUCUUCACCUACCUUCGCUGAGCUCCUCCAGACCUUCAGGCCUGACCAGGCUGCCAGGGUGGGCAGACAGACUGGCACAUGCACCAAGAGUUGGUGCCAUCGAGUGCUGGGAUCAUUGCUGUUUCAUCAUUUCUUUCUCCCCCAAUCCAACCCUUUUUGGAUCAGCCCAUAGAUAUUUCAGUAAAAAAACCAGUUUGAACCACA